AUGGAGCUGGAGGUAGACAGACACAGUGCCUUUAUCAAGGAGACGAUAAAGACAAGGAACUUUCUGUACUACUUGACAGAGCCGUUCAGACUCAACACCAUAUAUUGGUCUGUGAAUGCCCUGUCGAUGCUGGGAAGGGGGGAGAUGCAGGAAAUGAGGGACCGAGUGGUUGGAUAUGUGAUGAGAUGCAGGAAUGACGACGGAGGGUUUGGGGGAUGCGAGGGAUAUUCGUCAAACAUAACAAGUACAUUCAACGCCCUGCAGAUUCUAUACAUCUAUCAUAUUCCCUACCAUGACAGAAGCACGGCCAUGUUUAUAUCGGGGCUGUUGCAACCUGCAGGAUACUUCCACAACGAUGGCUAUGGGGAGACGGACACUCGGAUCAGCUGCUGUGCGGUUCUGGGGCUGCAUCUGCUGUCUCUUAUGGAAAGAGGAGACUUUGAUCCAAGGAGCCUGUCAAGACCCAUCUGCAAGGUGUUUUUGGCCGAGGCCGGAGUUGAUCCAGGAGCAAUUGUCCUAUACACACAGAAGUGCUAUAAUCUGGAUGGGGGCUUUGGAGCUGUUAAAGGAGCUGAGUCCCAUGCUGCGCAAGUCUUCUGCUGCCUGAGCACGCUGAGAUCACUUGGCGCCCUUGAGACGGUUGACAGGGAGGAAGUGGCCAGGUUCAUAGCGACAAAGCAGGCAAGUUCUGGAGGCCUUUCUGGAAGAGUGAGUAAGAAAGAGGAUGUCUGCUAUUCGUUCUGGGCAUACUCUUCUCUUGUUCUCAUUGGAAAAGAGUGCUAUGUGAACCAAGAGGAGCUCACGAGGUUUAUAUUUUCCUGCCAAGGGCCUUCUGGUGGGUUUUCUGAUAGACCUGGAAACGAAACCGAUCUGUACCACCUCAUGUUUGCCCUAGCAGGCCUUUCGUUGCUGGGGUACAAGGGCCUCAGGAGGAUUGAUCCCGGAUUUGGGCUGUGA